AUGGCAGCUUCCGAGUUUGUUUUGACUAUUGUCUCUCCAAAUCACAAUAUUCCUCCGCAAUCAGUCAGUUAUCAGAAAGAAUGGAAGGUCAUAGAUCUUAAAGAUCACCUAAACAAGGUGUAUCCUGGGCGACCGCCAGUGGAGAGUCAACGUUUAAUUUUCGCCGGACGUUUAAUAUCAGAUAACGAUGAUCUCGAUGCGGUUUUCGGCCCAGUACGCUCGUCUUCGCUAAUAAAUUUUAUUUUCAGAAUCCCAUUUCGCGUACGCUUCAUCUUGUUGCGACAAUUUCAUCUACUCAGGAAGCUGUUCCUGGCCUGAAAACAAACAACUAUAAAGAAACGUACGAACGUUUGGGCGUUUCUAAAAGUAUAUUUAGCUCACCUCACUCGGAUGCAAUGUCUGACUUGCGACAGCAAUACAUGCUUUACCUCCAACAGUACUAUCAGAACGCCGCCCAAUCAAACCCUAACGGGCAGUCCACGUGGCAGUUAGAAUACAUGCGUAAGUUUUUUUCCAUUAGGACGUUUAUGGUGGUUAUUCUCCGCUACUUCAGUUAAAUGCAGAUUUUCAUUUUAACCAUCUGUACUUGAACCGUUUUGUGUCCCAUCUUUCGUGUGCACGAGUGCGCUUUGGCGCGUUCGUUACCCAACGUCAUGCUCACCCUACGUUACCUGUCUGAUGGCAACUACCGGGCUUAAAAUGUUCGCAUCCAUUAGUUGACCUCAGAACAGAAGACACCGAACUUACCUCUUUCGGUCGUAAUUAAUUGAGCGUAAUAAUUGUGCUUCUGCAUUAUCCUGUGGGCAAUUCUAAUGUCACUUCACAUGCGGGCGCGGAUGCCACCACUCAGUAACAAUGUACUGCACCACAUAUUAUAUAGACGUAUUUCGCAUAGAUGACCUUCCUGCUCAAAGUGGUAUCAGUUAAAGUUGUAAGUUGAGGACUUCAGCCGACGGCGAGUUUGGAACCUAGGUUUACUCUUAUUGAGAUGUUUUGGACCUACAUCUGUAUUAUGACAGAGACGACUUUGUAGUACUUCAUUUCUUUACCAUUUACAUGUCUUUCUGGAGCCUUUACCGUACUUUUUGGCCGCUCAGAUUGCUUUUUUACGUAACCUUGGUUGUUACUGUGGACAUACCCGACGUUGCCCAUAGGUGAACAAGUAGAUUGGACUGCGAUGUUGUUUUACUACGUGAGGAACUGAGACUGUUGUAUUUGUUUCUCGUCUAUCCGUCCGAUCGUACAUAACAAAUUGUAGAUUGCUGUCAUUCCACAAAAUACUUGCUCUUUUCCCCCUAAUUUCGGAUAUCCAAAAGUUGCACGAUUCGUGUUUCUGCUGUUGUGACUCGUUAUCGUAAGCUUGAGUCUACCUAAGUGCUUCCGGAUAACAUUUUAGGUCAUAUCUCGCAGAUUUCUGCUGCGACACCUGCUCAGUCCGUUACUAACUCCUCCAAUCCCACGACACCCGAACCUGAUACGCUAGUCGAGGACCAGCAACAGGUGCGGCCUCGCAACAUCCUACAGCGCUGGGCCCGAUAUCUCGGCCAACCGGAUAAUGCUGAAGUCGAGGGGGACGGUUUGAAUGGUCAAGGAGUCGCCGCAGAUGGUGCUGAUGAAGGUUUCGAUGUAGUGGAAUUUGCCUAUACCCUUUUCCGAGUCAGUCUCAUGAUCGCCAUAUGCUUGGCCUAUUCGUCGUGGGAAAGAAUUGUCCUUGUUGCCCUCGGCGUGGCGUUCUUCUAUUGGUAUGCUUAUGCCCACUUGCCUCUACUUCCUUGCUGUAAGCUAUAUUUUGCGUGAAUAGGUGGAUAUUCACCAAUUCUAUAAAGUGGCCCAAUUCUCAACUUCUAAGCUUCAGUUGUUGGAGACUUUUCUUCUGGUGUAUGUUGUACAAUUUCGUGAAAAAUCAUAGCGUGCUUCAGUUUUCUACACUGUUGACGUAUAGUUCUCGAAUCACCCUUUCAAAAAUUUAAUCUCACGGAGUACUUGAGACAAGAUUAUUGUAAUCCACAUCACUACCUCCACGCGAACCGAUGCGCUCUACACGACCAAGUGGUAUGAGUAAUCACUGAACAAUCAGGACGCUUAAACCAGUGGUCUAUGUUAUAUGGGGAACCCAAAUUACCAGGAAACCCCGAUCGAAGUCAAACUGCCUAUCUUCCUAAUCUUGCACCAGAUGUUUUACUAAUGAGAUAUGGAUGCGCUUCCUGUGUGUGCGCGUGAUCGUGAGUACGUGAGACAAGAUUAUUGUAAUUCACAUCACUGCCUUCACGCGAACCGAUGCGCUCUACACGACCAAGUGGUAUGAGCAAUCACCGAACAAUCAGGACGUUUAAACUAUCGGUCCAUGUUAUAUGACCAGGAAACCCCGAUCGAAGGCAAACUGCCUAUCUUCCCAAUCUUGCACCAGAUGUUUUACUAAUGUGUGCGCGUGAUCGAUAUAGCCGUAUCUCCGACUCGUAAGAUGAGGCAUCUUAAGAUGCAUCGCUUAUACGUUGGAAAUGGACAGUUGCAGUAUACAGACUAGAUGAGAUCUGUAAUUCUGACAAUUAAAACAUUUCGAAUGUUAGACUGGAAGAUAUUAAAAUUUCACAAUACCCCCGCCACCCGUAAUAUGUCGGCCUUGGCCUACUGUAACAGCUCGAAAUGUUUUAUCUAUCCUGUUUUUGCCAUUGGGGAAGCCAUUUGAUCGGUCAGACAUUAUUUAUUUCUGCCUUCUGGUGAAGUCGGCAGUGGUUUUACGACUCGCUCUCGAAUGCCACAGAUAUCAGUGUGCCUGCUUUAGGGUACGAUAUCGCGUUAUGUCUAAGGUGCUUGUCUAUUAAUUCUAUACUUAUGACUGAGGUAAGGCCUUUUUGUUGAAUUUCGGCUUGAGAGAUUCGAGUAUAGUGCAUACCAAAUUGCUGCUAAAAGAAUAAGCAUAAUGAGAUAUAAUCACCCGAAUGGUUUCUACUCGCAGUUUUUGUUAGGUGUCUAUGGGUUAAUCAUUGUGCCUGUUGCUGUAAGGGUCCGCUUUUAUCAGUUGCUUAUUUGGCCAAUCCUCAAUAUUAGUGUAUACUGGGUUAUGUAUGUAGAAGUUGGAACUGGACAUGCCCGACCACCAUUACUUGUGACUCGUAUAGCGAGGAAUUCAGGUCUUCGAAUGCGACAGUUUCCUAUCGACAGUUAAGGUUUCUGAGCAAAUUUUCUUUCGUUUUCCCCACUUGGUCAGUACUGUUGUUUCUAAGCCAAUCCGUUCCUUCACUGGGGACCACGUAGAGGCGGUUCUGUCGAUAUCUUUUGGUUGCCCUUGCAUCUCUUUGCAUUCUGGUUUUCACGGCUGGGGGAAUCCCUGCUUAGGUCGACAACUGUCUGCACAUUCACCUUGUUGAUGAAAGUACAAGUCUUAGAAUGUCCACUGUUAUUUCGCCUUACCCUCUGAAGGGCACAUUAGGUAGUCUUAAAAGUCUCGUUAACGCUUCCUAACCUUGGAUACAAAUGCGUGCGAUCUUCCCCUUUCGCAACUGAAUGAUUGUCUUAAUUCACUAGUUCUCAUUAUGUUGCCUCCACACCCUUCCAUCAGUCUAACCGUAGCUUUUACAAAGCCAUGUAAUUGUUCAACCACUAAUUACUAUGGCGUUCCCGGAGAUGCUGGUGGUGACCAUUUUAACAGCAUUUCUGACGCGUUUUUUGACCAAAAAAGUUCUUAGUUGCGGCAAACCUGUUUAGAUCUCCCGAUUUAUUUCUUACUGCACUGGAUUACUCUCACGCUUCGAAAUAAAAGCUCCCCUCGGUCUGACUCCGUUCCGCGGUGGCAGUCCGGGUAAUCUCACUGAUUAAUAUAACCUUUUUCUCUUACCGACAGCGAACUUCAUGCUGUGCGGAACUAUUAAACUUGCCACAUUUUUCCCAUGUCAGGCACAACGAGGAACAGCGUAAUCGUUACCUGGUCAACCUUAUCCGACGGAUUCAAGCAGUACAACUCCCCGCUCCCGCGAGGGCAGCCGACGGUCAACAAGUACCUGCUGGUCCAGAUCAGGUGAAAAUUUGUUUGAAACCUUUCCGCCAAGUUAUUACCCACCCCUUCCUCUUACCAUUAAACGAUCUGGAGGAAGUGUGAUAAUGACAGGGAAUUCAUGGUUGCAAUACAUUUUUAAUACGGCCAGGUCUAGGCAUUCGUGUGCAUAUUUUCUCAGUGGUCUUGAGACUACAAUGUUUUUCCAGUCAACCAGGGGUUUUAGUUUUCCUACAUGGUUGUCCCUGUUUUAAAACGACCAUUCCUAAAUUGCCGACAACUGAGGCCUUCCUUGUUCAAGCCUUAAUGUACCAUUGAAAUGGGGAACAAUAAUGAUUUUGACGCGACAGAAACUGAAAUGGCAACUGCUGGAAUUCUUGUCGUCAGCAGUCAGCCAGACACCAGGUCAGAGCAGCCCGGAAUUUAAACUCGACUCUGCUUAGUCAUCGAGGCCAUGAGUCAAACGCCCUCCCACCUGGGUCACGAGUUUGCGCUUUGUCGACCGUUCCCGGAAUUCCGAACGUCGCGUGAAGUUUUUGUCUUGUCGAAUUGCGCCAUGGGAAGAAAUAUACUUACUCUCUUCUCCCUUAGAGCUCGAAUCUAGGACCCUCGCAGUCAGUCGAAAAGCGAUCAUCAGUCAGCAGUGCUAGUGUGCGGCUGCCUGUCUUUACCAUCAUAUCAUAUCCUCUCCCACCUCAGGAACGACCUAAGGUUCGAAACCGCCCGCGAGGACUCCAGGGCAGACCGAAGCGAUCAUGUUUUCUGGUAGAGGGCGUUAACCGAUCUUUCCUACGGAACUCACUCGUCCCGUUGUGCCUUGCGGGCUCUCUCUCUCAAGCCCAACCAGCAGCCGCGCAGCGGCGCAUGAUAUAGGCAGACUGGUAUUACGGACAAAGACACGGGAGAUUGGAAUGGCCAUUUCUGGCUCAUUAGCCGUCGUCAGCCAGUCAUACCCAACCCCGAAGUGUGGAACACCCGAGACUCGCGGUGUGGACUUCUAACAAACAGGUCGCGAUUUCGAGUCUCGGGUGUUCCAAACUUCGGGGUUGGGUAUGGCUGGCUGACGACAGCUAUUAAGCCGAAGUGGCCAUUCCAGUCUCCCGUGUCUUUGUCGGUAAUAACGUCAUGUUCUCGGCGGAGUGUCACAUCCACGGAAAUCCUUCUCCUACCCUGCUAUGAUUUACCUGCUACUCACUUUUGUUAUGGAGGAUGAUCGCCAUCGAGUACGAUGGAAAAAUACUUCUGACUUUUCUGACCAUCUGGUCGACCCUGGGCGUGUCAAUCAACCCCAGGUCGUUGUGGUGGUGGCGGCGGGGAGAAGUUCCGGUUUUUUCGGUCAUGUUGCGGUGGCCUUAUCACCCGUUUCAUUUGUCUCAACGACCAAGCAGCGCAAGCCUGACAUUCACAUGCAAAAUUGUCCUGACAGCGGCCGUCUAUGCAACCUGCAACUCUGCCAUCGACGGCCCUUGAUCGUCCGUUUUCUUGCCGAGGUCUGGACUGCCUUUGUGUAUGAUUGUUAAUUGUAGAAAUUCAUAUUGACCCAACUGUGAAAAACUCGGCGCCUCGGUGGGAUUCGAACCCACGCAGUAAGGGGAAGGCUUUAGUACAGCCAACGCUCUAACCACCUGAGCUACGAGGCCCCGCCGGCCCCGAAAGUCGGCUCCAUCUGGAUGAUUACCCCAACGGCGUAAAAAACCGAUAUCUGUGCGUAUUCGUGCGGACAACUUUUUAACCCAUGUUUUCAGGGCGUUGAAAAAACUGCAUACAAACUUUCCUUGCUUUUCAGCUCUCUUAUUGGCUGUUUUUUUACUGCCCCCACCUCUCCUCUAAGUCUCAUCUGUCACUGAAGCCUCCAACGCUUUUAAUGCCUUCCUCUGCGUAUAAUUUUCAGGCAACCAACGCACCUACCGACACCAAUGCUGCCACAGAGGAGACUUCCCCGCCUUCACCACCACCUGAGGCGCCGCCGGUACAGCAUCCACUGGACCGACUGGCCAGCACAGUGCGCCUCAUCACCGUCACUUCAUUUCGCUUUAUUUACGCCCUCUUCACUUCCCUAGUUCCCGAGGUGCCGGUGCCUAUCGACUGA